AUGAGUGUUAUUAAUUAUAUAUUUAAAAGAAGCAUCGGUGGAACAGAAAAGAAUUCUAAAAAUUUCUCUUAUACAUUAUUAGAUUCAGCAAAAGAUUUAUAUAAAAAAGAUUUAACAGCCCAUUUUGGAUGUGUGAAUGCUAUUGAAUUUUCUACUGAUGGAAACCUUUUAUUUUCUGGAGGAGAUGAUAGAAGAAUUCUUAUGUGGAAUGUUAAUGAUGCUAUGAUGCAUUAUUCAGGAAAAUUUGGGGAGAUAGCUGAUCCAUUUGUUAUGAAGGGUAGUCAUUAUUCAAAUAUUUUUUGUCUUGCUGUUGAUGAUGCCAAUAAGAGAGUAUUAUCUGGUAGUAAUGAUGAUCAAGUGAUUGUACAUGAUUACACAACGGGUAAUUUAGUUGAUAUUUUUCUUCAUGACAGUCCAGUAUUCUCAUUAUCCCUUCAUCCUAGCAAUGGUAAUAUAUUUGCAAGUGCAGCAGAUAAUGGCAAAAUCUUAAUUUACGACAUAAGAGAAUCUAAAGGAGAUAUACUUUGCUUGGCCAAAGUUAAAACUCCAUUUCAUGGAGUUAUGUUUAAUCCUUGUGAGCCAACAUUAGUUGCAACAGCAAAUUCCAAGCUUGGAAUUCAUUUAUGGGAUAUAAGAAAACCUAAAGAGUAUGUUUUAAUAGAUUUUUUUAUUUUAAAUAUUGAUAAAGUAUGUGUUCGAUGGAACAAAAAAGGAACAAUUUUACUUGUUCUAAGAAAUCUUUUACCUCUUGUGAUUUAUGAUCCCAUGUAUCCCAAAAAAAAAUUAGAAUUCGAUUCAAAGACUUAUUUUAAUGCCUGUACAAUGAAAAGUUGUUCUUUUGCUGGAGACGAGGACGAAUUUAUUAUGUCAGGGUCCGACGAUUUUAACUUGUACAUGUGGAAAGUACCUGAACCAUGGCCUGAUGAUGAAUGGGUUGGUUCGGAACAUUUAAUAUUAACUGGCCAUCGAUCAAUUGUCAAUCAAGUUCGUUAUAAUUCUUGUAAGCAACUUAUUGCUACUUCAGGAGUUGAAAAAAUAAUUAAGAUUUGGAGCCCGUUUCGAUUUCCUUAUUCAGAAGGAGAUCGUGAUAAAUCUUCAGGAAUAAGUCAUAGAAUUCUUUGUUCUGCAAAAUCGUGUGCCAGAAGUCCAAGUUUUCUACCUCACGACUAUAUUCAAGAAUCGGUUAAGGAAGACACGAGAAUGAUUCAUUUUUUUGAUUCAUUACUUCAAAACGAACUUAAUGAUAUGUCCUGUUUACCCCAACCUCAUUCUCUUUAUUGUAAUAAAAAUUUAAGUUCUUCGUCAGUCAAAAAAAGUCAAACAAAAAUUUAUGAAAAAAUUAUUAAAAAGAAAAAAAAAUAUUUGUCAAAAAUACUUUUAGAAAAAGGAAAUGGAAAAAAAAUUAUUUGUUCUCUUGAUGCAUCAAAAAGUUGGGAAAGGCCAAAAAAUGCAUCAUUGACUUCAGAGAAAAGUGACUUUCUUAAUUUUUUAAAAGAAAAUAAUGAUAAGGUUCAUAAAAAUAAUUAUAAAAAAUGUAAAAGCGAAUCCGCAACUCCUAGCCCAUCAUCUACCACUACUACUACUACUACUACUACUGCUGAAAAACCCAGUUCUAACGUUUCCCUUUUAUCUUCCUCAGACUCCAGUAUUUCAAACAAAUCAGUUUUAUCCAAUGUAUUUUCUGAUUCAUCCUUAAACACAAGUGAAGUUUCAACCCUACCAGGCUGUUCUGGAUUAUCGAAACCUUGUGAAAAUGUUGAUGAUUCCUUUAAUGAAAAAGAUUGCGAUGAGUUAAUGAGUGAAAAUAAUUAUUCCUCUAAUUUAGAAAACUCAGAUACAAAUGAUGCUAAUUUAAAUAAUUCUGCUCAUAAGGAACGGAAAAAGUGCAAAUUUUAUAUAAUAUUUAUUUUAAUUAGUGUUAUUGAAAGUUACAAUUUAGAUUUUAGUCAUCCAUUGAUUUAUCAAGCGAUUGACAAGACUGAAGAAUAUAAUAGUUAUUUCGGUAUGACUGUUACAAUCCGUCCAAAAGGUUCACAAAUGAAUGGAUCAUGGUUUAUACAAAUCGGAGCUCCUAGAAAAAAACUUAAUGAAAAAACUACUUUUCAACCUGGUUCUGUAUACAGAUGUCCUUUUUACGGACCUUGUCAAACAUAUACUCUAGUUAAAAAUUUUGGUAAAACUGAAGGUACCGGUGAUAAGGUAUACACCGGUAAAGAAGAUGAAGCUUGGAUAGGAAGUUCGAUGGAUAUAAAACAAUACAAUAAUUAUGAAAGAUCCGUGGUUUGUGCCAAUAGAUGGAUUAAUAAAAAUUUGAAAAAUUCAGAAAAUAUUGAUAUAACAUACCUUAUGACAGGAGCUUGUUAUGUACAAGAUUUAUUUAAUGAAACGUAUGAAAGCCACGUUUUAAAACUUUUGCCAUUGGUGGAUUCUAGCAAAAUAUACACUCCAAAACCCUAUGUGGUCAACCUAUCUACCUACCAUUGGGGACUAGGCCAAGCUGGAACUUCGGUUGUGUUAGUAAAUGGGACUUCAGAUAUUAUAAUAGGUGCACCUGGAGUCACACAUUGGAUAGGGAGCACCGUUUACUAUAACGAAAACUUCAAAAUGUCUGUUGCCGAUUUUAUCGGUACUAAUUUACCCAGGAAAAAUCAUUACACUUAUAUAGGUUAUGCUGUUGCAGCUGGAAAAUUUUUUGGAGAUAAUGAUUUUUGGUUUGUCGCUGGGGCACCAAGAUCUGGUAAUUAUAAAGGAGAAGUUUUUGUAUUUCAAUUUAAGCUCAAAGAUUUCAAAAGCUCAAAAUUUAUAAAAGAUUCUAAGGAUUCCAUUUAUGUGCAGUCAACAUUAAAAGGUUCAACUUUUGGUGAAUAUUUUGGCUCUUCCUUAGUGGCGGAGGAUGUGAAUGGCGAUGGUUAUGAUGAUCUUGUGGUUGGGGCUCCGUUAUUUUCUAAAAAGUACCCCGAUGAAGGCAGAAUAUAUGUUUUUUUGAGUUCUAAUAAGGGAAAAUAUUUUCGUCAGGCUCAAAUAAUUAAUGGCCAAAUUGGGCGGGGAAGAUUUGGUACGUGUAUAGCAUCAAUUAAAGAUUUAAAUCAGGAUGGUUAUAAUGAUAUAGUCGUGGGUUCGCCUUACGAAAAUGAUAAUAGAGGAGCCAUUUACAUUUAUAGUGGAUUUUCCAUGGGUCUUCAGAUUAGUUUUAGUCAAUGCAUUAGAGCUAAAGAUUUGAGUCCCUAUUUGAGGGGUUUUGGAAUUAGUAUUUCGUCCGGUGAUACCGAUGGAAAUAAAUUUAACGAUCUAGCUGUAGGAUCAUAUCUUUCUCAACAAGUUGUGCUUUUGAGAUCUCGCCCAAUAAUUUCAUUAAAAAAUUUUAUUAAAGUAGAAAAUUCUCUUCCUAUGGAUAGAAAAACUUCUUUUUUCAAUAUAUCUUUUUGUUCGAGUUAUUCAGGACCGAAAAUUCCAUUAAAUGUGGAAAAAAAUUAUUCACCAAUAAAAGCAAUAUUAAAAACCGAAUUACCACCAUGUUCAAAGAACGAAGUAAAUUUAUUGAUGAUUACAAAUGAAAAAACCGUUAAUGUGGAUAAAUUUUCAAAAUGGUGUCCGAUGGGAAGUAAAUCAGAAACAAACAAAGAAAUACCAUUUGCCGGUCAAUGUGGUGUGGAUUCCAUUUGUAUUUCCGACGUUCAAAUUUCAUGCAAAUUUCCACAAGUUCAUGGUUCAUAUGUUUUGGGUUCAACUGAUCAUAUUCGAUUUCUUGUAAAUUUAGUAAACAUGGGUGAACCGGCAAAUGGUGUCAAAAUUAAAAUUUCUUCUAAUAUAAACCUAUAUUUAAAAAAUGAAAAUGAUAAUAAAAAUAAUUUAGAAUUUAAUUCUCCGAAAAAUAUUUUUUAUCGUGAUGUAGCCGAUGUUUUUUCUGACUACCUUCAGAUAGAAAAAAAAGGAAGUUCACCCAUAUUGGAUCCAGAAUUAACAAUAAAUAUUCCUUUAAAUUUUUUUGGAAAUCCAACUUCAUUUGAUUUAGAUGCAUCCGAAUGGGUUAACAUUGUUCAUGUAUCUGUUUACAUAUAA